GCGGCCAGGCGGAAGCGCCCGCGCUGAGCCGGGGGAGCUGCCGCAGAGGCUGCGCGGCCCCGCUGCCCGCCAGCCCGUCGGCUCCCGCUCCGGGCCCGGGGGUCCGGCCGUGGUGUUCACCAUGAGUGUCCCUGACUACAUGCAGUGUGCUGAGGACCACCAGACUCUCCUUGUGGUGGUCCAGCCCGUGGGGAUCGUCUCGGAGGAGAACUUCUUCAGCAUCUACAAGAGGAUCUCGUCUGUGAGCCAGAUCAGCGUGCGCGACUCGCAGCGUGUGCUCUACAUACGCUACCGGCACCACUACCCGCCUGAGAACAACGAGUGGGGCGACUUCCAGACCCACCGCAAGGUUGUGGGCCUCAUCACCAUCACAGACUGCUUCUCAGCCAAGGACUGGCCACAGACCUUUGAGAAGUUCCACGUGCAGAAGGAGAUCUACGGCUCCACGCUCUACGACUCGCGGCUCUUCGUCUUCGGGCUGCAGGGGGAGAUCGCGGAGCAGCCGCGCACAGACGUGGCCUUCUACCCCAGCUACGAGGACUGCGGGGCGGUGGAGAAGAGGAUCGAGGACUUCAUUGAGUCGCUCUUCAUCGUGCUCGAGUCCAAGCGUCUGGACAGGGCCACGGACAAGUCCGGGGACAAGAUCCCGCUCCUCUGCGUCCCGUUCGAAAAGAAGGACUUUGUGGGACUGGACACGGAUAGUAGACAUUACAAGAAGCGGUGCCAAGGGCGCAUGAGGAAGCAUGUGGGGGAUUUGUGCCUGCAGGCCGGGAUGCUGCAGGACUCCUUGGUCCAUUACCACAUGUCCGUGGAGCUGCUCCGUUCAGUGAAUGACUUUUUGUGGCUUGGAGCUGCCCUUGAAGGGUUAUGUUCAGCUUCUGUCAUCUAUCACUAUCCUGGUGGAACUGGUGGUAAAGCUGGGGCUCGAAGGUUCCAGGGUAGCUCGCUUCCUGCGGAAGCAGCCAACAGACAUCGACCAGGGGCACAGGAAGUUCUCAUUGAUCCAGGUGCCCUCACCACCAAUGGCAUCAAUCCAGACACCAGCACUGAGAUUGGACGGGCUAAGAACUGCCUCAGCCCUGAAGACAUAAUUGACAAAUACAAGGAGGCCAUUUCCUGUUACAGCAAGUAUAAGAAUGCUGGGGUGAUUGAGUUAGAAGCGUGUGUCAAGGCCGUCCGUGUCCUUGCCAUUCAGAAGCGGAGCAUGGAGGCUUCGGAAUUUCUCCAGAAUGCAGUUUACAUUAACCUUCGACAGCUCUCCGAGGAGGAGAAGAUCCAGCGCUACAGCAUCCUCUCCGAGCUCUAUGAGCUGAUCGGCUUCCACCGCAAGUCCGCCUUCUUCAAGCGCGUGGCCGCCAUGCAGUGCGUGGCGCCGAGCAUCUCAGAGCCUGGCUGGAGGGCCUGCUACAAACUCCUCCUCGAGACACUUCCCGGCUACAGCCUGUCGCUGGAUCCGCAGGACUUCAGCAAAGGCACUCACCGAGGCUGGGCUGCCGUCCAGAUGCGUCUGCUUCACGAGUUGGUCUACGCAUCCCGGAGGAUGGGGAACCCUGCUCUGUCUGUCAGGCACUUGUCCUUCCUGCUGCAGACCAUGCUGGAUUUCUUGUCAGAUCAAGAAAAAAAGGACGUGACGCAAAGCCUGGAGAACUAUACCUCCAAGUGUCCCGGGACCAUGGAGCUCAUCACCCUCCCCGACGGCCUCAUGCUGCCUCCGGUGCCCUUCACCAAACUCCCCAUCGUCAGGCGUGUGAAGCUGUUGAACCUUCCUGCCAGCCUCCGGCCACAGAAAAUGAAAAGCUUGCUGGGCCAGAGCGUGUCGACCAAGAGCCCCUUCAUCUACUCGCCGAUCGUCGCACACAGCCGCGGGGGGGAAGAGCGGAACAGGAAGACAGAUUUCCAGUGGGUUCAAGGAGAUGUAUGUGAAGUUCAGCUGAUGGUGUAUAACCCAAUGCCAUUUGAACUCCGAGUUGAAAACAUGGGGCUUCUCACAAGUGGAGUGGAGUUCGAGUCUCUCCCCGCCGCGCUCUCCCUCCCGGCUGAGUCUGGUCUGUACCCAGUGACGCUGGUUGGGGUCCCACAGACGACGGGGACGAUGACUGUGAAUGGCUACCACACCACGGUCUUUGGUGUCUUUAGCGACUGUUUGCUGGACAGCCUCCCGGGAAUGAAGACCAGUGGCUCCACAGUGGAAGUCAUCCCUGCUCUGCCCAGACUGCAGAUCAGCACCUCUCUGCCCAGGUCUGCACAUUCAUUGCAACCUUCCUCUGGUGACGAAAUAUCUACUAACGUGUCAGUCCAGCUUUACAAUGGAGAAACUCAGCACCUUGUGGUGAAACUGGAAAAUAUUGGGAUGGAACCACUGGAGAAACUGGAAGUCACCUCAAAAAUUCUCACCACCAAAGAAAAGUUGUAUGGCGACUUCCUGAGCUGGAAACUAGAAGAAACCCUUGCCCAGUUUCCUUUGCAACCUGGAAAGGUGGCCACUUUCACCGUCAGCAUCAAAGUGAAGCUGGAUUUCUCCUGCCAGGAGAAUCUCCUCCAAGACCUCAGUGACGAGGCAUACCUUGGAGAUACUGUGGGUUCAGUUCCAGACAACCACAAUGGCAUCAGUGUGAGUGGCUUUCCGCUGUGCAGCCCCUUCCGCCAGGUCGUGAGGCCCCGGGUGGAGAGCAAGCCUGUGAACCCAGCUGAGGGCAGCCGGCCUGGGGACCCGGGCCACGUGAAGACCCUGGAAGCUAUCCUGAACUUCAAAUACUCCGGAGGCCCGGGCCACGUGGAAGGAUAUUACAGGAACCUCUCCCUGGGGCUGCAUGUGGAAGUUGAACCAUCUGUAUUCUUCACACGAGUCAGUACUCUGCCAGCAACCAGUACCCGGCAGUGCCACCUGCUCCUGGAUGUCUUCAACUCCAUGGAGCACGAGCUGUCCGUCAGCGCCCGGAGCAAUGAAGAGCUCAUCCUGCACGCGGGCGAGUGCCAGCGAAUGGCUAUUCAAGUGGACAAGUUCAACUUUGAGAGUUUCCCAGAAUCCCCUGGGGAGAAGGGGCAGUUUGCAAAUUCCAAGCAGCUGGAGGAGGAGAGGCAGGAAGCCCGAGGCCUGGAGAUCAACAGCAAGCUGGACAUCCACUGGACCAUCCCCUCUCUGAAGCGCACAGGCGAGGCGAGUGUGGAAGGACUCCUGAACCAGCUGGUCCUGGAGCACCUGCAGCUGGCUCCUCUGCUGUGGGACGUGCUGGUGGACGGACAGCCCUGUGACCGCGAGGCGGCAGCCUGCCGGGUGGGCGACCCCGUGCGCCUGGAAGUGCGGCUGACCAACCGGAGCCCACGCAGCGUGGGACCCUUUGCCCUGAGCGUGGUGCCCUUCCAGGACCAGCAGAAUGGUGUGCACAACUACGACCUGCGCCAUGCCGUCUCCUUCGUGGGCUCCAGCACCUUCUACCUGGACAAGGUGCAGCCAUUGGGCCAGUCCGCCUGCCUCGGGGCCCUCCUCUUCCUCUACACGGGCGACUUCUUCCUCCACAUCCGCUUCCAUGAGGACGGCUCCAGCAAGGAGCUGCCGGCCUCCUGGUUCUGCCUGCCCAGUGUGCACGUGCGCGCCCUGGAGGCGCAGGCCUGAGCUGCUCCUGCCCUGUUCCAGGUCCCUGUUCCUGCCGGCAGAGAUGACCGGAGGGCCACCCGGGCAGGGGACAAGGCCUUUGUUGCAAUUCCUGUCCCCUCCUCACAUCCCUCCGGCCCCAGCCCCCACCUUCCACCUCCCCUUCUGCCUGCGGCGUCCUCUCUGGGCUUUGCAGGGGCCCCCAGACACGGCAGCCUCACCCCUUCCCACGCUGGCCAUCAGGGCCCCCAUGUAAGAGCCUGGCGCUAAUGCUGACCAGACCCCAAAGUGUGGCCCCACCCAGCCCAGGUCCAGGGUCCCUGCACCUGUUCCUGUGACCUGGGGUUCGCAGCUCAGCCAGUAGGAAGCAAAGGUGAGCGUGCGGGAGGCGCACAUCCCAGGUGGGUCUGGGGAGCCUCCCUCGGCCCCCUCGGUCCCUGGCAUCCCCCGAGGGCUGGCUCUUCUCCCAGGGACCCUGAGGCAGCCCAGCCAGGACAGAUGGCACCAUGGUUGACACCACGAGGAGCCACCUGCCCCCGGUGGGUAGACCUUUACCUCUGUCAGCUUUUCUGGGCCCUGGGGGGGCCAUGGCCCGUCUGUGUCUGUGUGUCGGUGACAGAUUCUCCAAUAAAGGGCCUGCCUUGCUUC